AUGACGUUGUAUAAAAAAUUGACGCAUCCGAAGUUUUUGGACCCACUUCACGCCUCGCGCCAAUACGUCCCCCGGGAUAUUGUCGAUAAGGCGAUGACCAAGGACAACAUUGAAGCCCAACUGGGAAAGAAAGGUAGAACUUGUAUGAAAUUCCGCAGCUCCCCGGCCGAAAAGAUAGUAACGCGUAAUGCAAAGAACCUUCUUGCGGUUCUUGUAUUCUGCAAAAAAGCCGGUGAUGUUGAGGAUCUGCUCGAGCACGGCUUUACGGACGAGGACCUUCCACUCAUCAGUACCAAAGAUGAUCUUCCACUGCCCAGUACCAAAGAUAGCUUUAAGUCCACAGAUGAAGCCUCGGAAACCAUGGAACAUGAUUUCGAGCUCCGGUCAGCUGGUGACCCCAAGAAAAAAUGGCGACCACCCGAAGAAUGGGACGAGCAAGAUGUUGAUUGUUUCCUGCAAAUGCAGUGGAUGUUUCUCGCACCAGUCUUUGACGUCUCUGGAACGCAUCGGCAAAUUCUUCGAGACUGUCCCUUGCCUUUCUCGGAUUUCACGGAGAUCAUGUCCCACAACACAGUUGUAGUUUAUAAAGCCAAGGUGAAUUCCUCUCACCAGCAAGGAUUCGAGAAAGAAGCACCAAAUCUUCACAUUGCCCUUAAAGAAUUCAAGAUAUCGAAAGAAUUCAAAAAAGAACAAGACAAUAUGGAAAAGAUCAGAGGACUCCAAAGGUAUAAACACAUAACCCAGAGUUUGGCUACCUUCGAGCAAGGAGACCCGAAAAGAUACUACAUCAUUCUACCGUUCGCUGAAGGUGGAGAUUUGACAGACUUUUGGAGGACUAAGGACAUCAAGUCGAGAACGCCUGCACUGACACUUUGGUCUUUGAAGCAAAUGCUGGGCCUUGCUGAUGCUCUGCAAGGUCUCCACAAACACAUCGAUAUAGGAGCCAAUUGUCGUCAUGGCGACCUCAAGCCAGGGAACAUCUUACAUUUCAUAACCGAUGGACAACCAGAGGGUAUACUAAAGAUCAGUGACUUUGGUAUAUCGAGGAUCCAUAUCAAUGAGACUUUUCAAAGAGAGGGAAAACCUACUACAACCAGAGCGACUACACCUUCCUACGAGGCACCCGAGGCCUCACCAAUCCUCAAUUUGAAGCAAGAGAGGUCUCGUAGAUACGACUUAUGGUCAAUGGGUUGCAUAUAUCUGGAGUUUGUGAUAUGGCUUGUGGAAGAUUGGGAGGCCGUACAAAGCUUUACCAAGGCGCGAGAGUCCGACGGGAAUAGAGAAAUGUUGUUCUACCAAAUCGACGGUACAACAGCCAAGGUUCAUCAACAGGUGCUCGACAAGAUGUCGUGUCUCAGGAAGCAUCCACAGUGUAGCCCCGGUACUGCGCUAGGUGAACUCCUGGACAUGAUAGAGCGAUCUCUCCUUGUGGUGGAUGUGGAGUGUCGUGUGGAUUCAACAUACCUGUACAAUCGACUAACGAAAGUUGUUCGGCAAGCAGAGGCUUUGCCAAGAUAUUUGGUGGGAGAAGGGCAGUCUAUGGGUUAG